UCUCGUAUCUAUCUGCUCAUUUCACCAUGGCUCUUACAUUGUCGGUCAUUCUGGCAUGCGCCGGACUAGUCCUGGGCUCCGUCCAUCCUCCAGCAUAUGGCCAUCACCCACAGCCCUCUUACGGUCAUCAUGCGCCUGCAUACAGUCAUCAUGCGCCUGCUUACGGUCAUCAUGCACCUGCUUACGCUCACCAGCAUACCUACGACCACGGUUAUUGCGACCCAACUGUUGCCCCAGCCUGUGCUGCCAACUCCACUCUCUCCUACUGCUUGGAAGACACUGAGUAUCCCGAAUACGAGAUCAAGGCUGCUAUCACUGCCGAUCACCUGUUCGCCAAGAAGUACGCUGAUGUCGCCGACCAGUCUGCUGACGACCUGGUAGACAUGCUUACCAAGGACCAGGAGGAGGCCUUCGACUACUCUUACUACACUGGAGCCUCCACUGGGGACUCUCCCUAUGAUGCCACUCACUGGGCUGGUCCUGAGGGUUACAUCUGUCCCUCCGAAGUAGUGUAUGCCAUGCCCAAACGUGCCCAGAAUGUGGACGGCAAGUGGCGCGUCAUUGUCAACGACAUUCAUUAUUACAGCCAGACUGCUCGCCUCGAAACUUGUUUGUUCCCAGAGGCUGCUUGCCGCGCCCUUGCCCCUUGCUACCAGAGUCACUGUACCCAAAAGUCAGUGUACCACCGACUCCUUUCCUACGACCCAUGUGACCCUUACAAGGGUCUGUUCAUCGACAUCUACAAGAUGCCAUCUGCCUGCUCCUGCCACCUUCCCGCCUAACACGUUACUGCAACCCUCCUCAACGACUCGCCUCUUCACACACAAUCUAAUACUUCAGGGUCACCAAGGAACCACCGACAAUCCCUGUUAGCCCUUAAAACGGAGAAGACCACCUCACAUGAUUAGAGAACGGCUUUCUUCACGUACCACAACUAGCCACGACAGGAACCGCCGGCACGCUCCCAUCGCUGCUCUCUCUUCUUUUUCACUUCCUCUUCGUUUCGCCAUGUAAAAGAGAGAUGCGAGAAGUCUAUUGUAAUAUAUUUUAUAAACGAAUCACUUA